GUUUACGAGAUUGUGCGGGUUGCCACAGAGGAAUACGGUAACAGCUGGAGAUUACGGUACUCUCUGGGCUACUGCCUGUACUACGUCAACCAGAGCCGCAAAGUUCCUCGCUUCUCUUUUCUGGUGUCCAGGAACCGAAUAUCAAACCGGUGAUCCCGGAGUUAUUGGCUCGUUAUAUUUGUCUUUUCUUUUCUCUGUUACCAGUCUUUAUUUUUAAAAGAUCUAGGAGAAGCAGAAGCGAGCCCGGAGUUUAAGGUGCUCGGCAGUGGUGGGUGAGUCAGCGGGUGCUAAGGACUGGGACUUGGUCUUUGGAGACCGUCCCCUCUCCUCCCUGCAGAGAAGCAGCCGGCGCUGCAAGGACUGAAGGUCCGCUCUUCCCCACGCCCGGGCCUCCGCAUCCGCGCAGCAGCUGGAUUCAAAUGAACGAAGCUCCAGGGCCGCUUCGGUCUCAGCAAAUAUUUCAGACCCAUGCAACCUCGCCAGAACGCCUAGAGGCUGGAGCUAGCAGGAGCCAUAGUUGGGCGACCAAGCUGAGAGUAACUGCCGGCCAGCUGCAGCGCCCAGAUGCCCAGAUGUUCCUUUUGAACUUCGACGGCUAAGCCACACUUAGCUGCUACCCUUUCGGCAAAGACUGGCAAUAGACUUGUGAAUUUCUAAUUUACCUGUGAAUGCACAGGAUGGAUCAGACCACACAGAAAAGUGAGCUCCUGUAAUCUCUGGGAUUGCGUUCACAGCGUGUCCCCUUGAACCUCGCUGCAUGCUUAGGGUAGGGAAGGUGUCCCCAGCAGUCCAGCGCUUUCCUGGCCAUGUCACCGUUAAUGAUCUGUGACUUAGUGUGGCCCUCUGAGGGUUGCCAGGGCUACCCACGGUGGUUUCCAACAGGUGUGUUCUCUCCCUUCCCCAGCCCAACCCAGCUGGCAGGAUUCCCCCAAGCUGAGGUUUUUUGACUUGGCUUCCUUACUCCCACCUCCGCGCCCUCCCCGCCCCCCACCAGAGGGUGGCGGUCCAGAGCCGGACCUGGCCCCCCUCCCUGGGACCAUGGUGCUUCUCGCUGAAAAUGUUUCCGAAGGUUCCAACUGCACCCACCCACCAGCACCGGUGAACAUUUCUAAGGCCAUUCUGCUCGGGGUGAUCUUGGGGGGACUCAUCCUAUUCGGGGUGCUGGGGAACAUCUUAGUGAUCCUCUCAGUGGCCUGUCAUCGGCAUCUGCACUCGGUGACUCACUACUACAUCGUCAACCUUGCGGUGGCAGACCUUCUCCUCACCUCCACCGUGCUGCCCUUCUCGGCCAUCUUUGAGAUCCUGGGCUACUGGGCCUUUGGCAGGGUCUUCUGCAACAUCUGGGCGGCAGUGGACGUCCUAUGUUGCACAGCGUCCAUCAUGGGGCUCUGCAUCAUCUCCAUCGACCGAUACAUUGGUGUGAGCUACCCGCUGCGCUACCCCACCAUUGUCACCCAGAGGAGGGGCGUCAGGGCUCUGCUCUGCGUCUGGGCGCUUUCCCUGGUCAUCUCCAUCGGACCCUUGUUUGGCUGGAGGCAGCCGGCCCCUGAGGAUGAGACCAUCUGCCAGAUUAAUGAGGAACCUGGCUACGUGCUGUUCUCCGCGCUGGGCUCUUUCUACGUGCCACUGGCCAUCAUCCUGGUUAUGUACUGCCGAGUCUACGUGGUGGCCAAGAGAGAAAGCCGAGGCCUCAAGUCCGGCCUCAAGACCGACAAGUCGGACUCAGAGCAAGUGACGCUCCGUAUCCACCGGAAAAAUGUCCCGGCAGGAGGCGGUGGGGUGAACGGUGCCAAGAAUAAGACUCACUUCUCCGUGAGGCUGCUCAAGUUUUCCCGAGAGAAGAAAGCCGCCAAGACUCUGGGCAUCGUGGUGGGCUGCUUCGUCCUCUGCUGGCUGCCUUUCUUCCUAGUGAUGCCCAUUGGUGAGUGUUCUCAGCCCCACUGCUUAAGGUUUACAGGGAGAGGAGUCUCCACGGGAGACCUCGCCUAGGGUGGGAGGAGGGGGUCUGCAUUUCAAAGUGCACAGAAGGACUCCCUGGUGGGGAUUAGAGUUUUCUCUCUUUCUAUUCCGGUCUCCUUUGCACUGGGUCCUAGGUCACUUGGUCCUCUGCAGCAAAGAAGGCUCCUCCUGGCUGCUCCAGAUUCGUUGGUCUCUUUAUCGAGAAUGUCAACUUUUCAUAAUGCUUUUACGCCUGCUUAUUUUAAAUCUACUCACUCCCUUUAGUGUCCCCAAAGCAGACUGCUGAAUACUGCUUGUGCUCUAGGAUGGGUGGGGAAGAAAGUCCCAUUGGCUUGUAAAUAAAAUAACCACCACGCUGAAUUCUGGGCAAAUGUGUGACAGCAGGAUCGGGUUAGAUGGU